GAUGAUAAGUGUGAAAAAACGGAUGACAAAAAAGAAGAUGAUGAACAAAAAUCUCAUCCUUCAUCAAGUAAAGAUGAUGAUCUUUCUGGAAUCGAAAAAAUGUCUAAGUAUUUAAUGUCCAAGCUGACACUUAGUGACACUGAAGAAAAAAUGGGUGUAAAAGCGAAACAAAUCUUACAGGAGUUAACUAUUCGUGGUAUUGUUGAUUUUAUCAAAGAAAAUAAGUGCCGUAAUAUAAUAACAAUGGCUGGUGCCGGUAUAUCAACUUCUGCUGGAAUACCUGAUUUUCGUUCGCCCUCAAGUGGACUGUAUUAUAAUUUACAAAAGUAUAAUCUUCCGUAUCCUCAAGCAAUAUUUGAAAUUGAUUUUUUCAAGACAAAUCCUGAACCAUUUUUUGUAUUGGCGAAAGAGUUACUCCCAGAACACCUGAAACCUACAUUAAGCCACUACUUUAUUAAGCUGUUAUCGGAUAAAGGAUUAUUAUUGCGACACUACACUCAGAAUAUUGAUACUUUAGAAAGAAUUUCUGGGUUGCCUCCUGAAAAGUUGAUUGAAGCCCAUGGGACAUUCCAUUCUGGACGGUGUCUUGAUUGCCGUGCCACUUAUGAUCUCUCAUGGAUGAAAAAAAAACUUUAUGACGAAACCAUACCAAAAUGUGAUAAAUGUUUAGAAGGUGUUGUUAAACCAGAUAUAAUUUUUUUUGGUGAAAUGUUACCGGAGCGUUUCUAUCAUUCAAUUGAUAAUGAUUUCCCUAAAGCGGAUUUACUUAUUAUCAUGGGAUCGAGUUUAGUUGUACAACCAUUUGCGUCGUUAAUUGAUAAAGUAAAAUCAACAUGCCCACGUUUGCUUAUCAAUAAAGAGAAAGUUAGUGUACAAGAUAGACUAUCUCGGUUUUUUGGUUUGAACCAUGGAUUUGUUUUUGAUCCCAAGAGUUCAGAAUGUGCUCGAGACGUUGCUUGGAUUGGAGAUUGUGAUACGGGCUGUAAAUUAUUGGCUGAGGAACUUGGCUGGAAUGAAGAAUUAGAAAAACUCAUGGAAAAUGAUCAUCGACGGAUAGACGCAGAGAAAUCGGAAGCAUCGAAAUAA